GCGAGAAAUCACACCGCGGCUUGCCGUUUGCCACGCGUCAUCGUCGGCCGUUGCCCUGCGCGUGGUAGAAACCGCAACGCGACGGCGACAAGUCGCGUGUUGUUCGACUGGCGCGCACCGACCUGGGUGGACGUCGUUGUGCUUAUUGCAUGCGCGCGUCUUACAACGACGACGAUCGCGGACGUUUCAGCGACGUAUAAUUUAUUAUACAGCGAUAUCCGUCCGACAACGUUUUUCGUUGAGUGUUUUUCUACAUACGGCCGUGGGCACGAACACGGGUUAUUAGAUCAGAGAACAUUGGCGGACAUCGGGUAAACAGCGAAUACCAGCGAGAUCCCUCAGCCAGUCGGUCGAUUUUCUCCUCGUGGUGUACCGUUCGAUUUUGUUGUGCCGCGGAAAACAUAAUCUGCUCACGGGUAUUAAUUGUCGCCUUCUUCAUUAAUCAUAACUUGCCGAAUGACUGAGAAUCGAGUCCAAGAACCAAUUUGUACCUUCGAGAAGCUAUUGAAAUGAAUGCAACGAUACAUAUUUUUAUUGCCUCAAACUGAAAUGCGAUGACCGUUUCCGGUGUUUGACGCAGCCGACCAAGUCUCCGCGGCGGACCCGCGCGAAAUGGAAGGUGGCGACGGUGCCUUCAACGACACCGGGUCGACGGUCAACAACAGUAACGUGACGGUGCAAGCCGUGGAGGAUUACGAUUAUUCGGAACGGCCGGAAACGUACAUCGUGCCGGUGCUGUUCGCGUUCAUAUUCUUCGUGGGCACCGUCGGCAACGGGUCGCUGGUGAUGAUAUUCUUUCGGCACAAGCACAUGAUCAACGUGCCCAACAUAUACAUACUCAGCUUGGCCCUGGGCGAUCUGCUGGUCCUGUUGAGCUGCAUCCCAUUCACGUCCACUGUCUACACGGUAUCUUCGUGGCCGUUCGGCGUGACCAUCUGCAAGGUGGCCGAGACCACAAAGGACAUAUCGAUCGGCGUGACCGUGUUCACGUUGACCGCGCUCAGCGCGGACCGGUUCUUCGCCAUCGUCGACCCCAUGCGCAAGCUGCACGCGUCCGUGGGUGGCCGCCGGGCCACCAAGUUUACCGUCACCGUGGCCGUGGUCAUAUGGUGCCUGGCCGUGGCGUGCGCGAUGCCCGCGGCCGUGUACUCGUACAUCAGACCGUUCGGCGAGAACAACGUCACGCUGUUCAAGGCCUGUUACCCGUACCCCGAGGAGCUGGGGCCCACCUACCCACGCGUCGUCGUCCUGGUCCGGUUCCUGGUAUACUACGCAGUGCCGCUCUCCACCAUCGCGUGCUUCUACGUCAUGAUGGCCAGGCAUCUGAUAAACAGCACCAAGAACAUGCCCGGCGAAGUACAAGGCCAGUUGCGCCAGGUACGAGCCCGGAAGAAAGUGGCCAAGACGGUACUGGCGUUCGUGCUGGUGUUCGCCGUGUGCUUCUUGCCCAACCACGUGUUCAUGCUGUGGUUCUACAACAACCCCCGGUCCCAGGAGGAGUACAACACGUUCUGGCACGUGCUGCGCAUCGUCGGCUUCUGCCUGUGCUACAGCAACUCGUGCAUUAACCCGAUCGCACUCUAUCUGGUCAGCGGAACGUUCCGCAAGCACUUCGACCGGCAGCUAUUCUGGUGGUUCGUGAAACCGCAGGGCGCGGCAGCCGAGUCCAAGAACGGGUACAUACGCCGAAAGAACGGCACGCGUGAGAAAGACCGCGGCGGCACCAUCAACGAGUCGACGACCAUGGGGAACGUGCCGUUAAGCACGUUCGCCAAACGGACUGUGGAGACCAACAUCACCACCACGACCACGGUACUGGUGUGCGGGCUGCACGAAGCCAAUACCAUCAUAUAACGGCCAGGUAAUGUUCUCGGGCAACUUUUGAAACGUUCUACGAAGAGACGUCGUUGUAUUAACAUAACAUCGCAACUCUAAGAAGAUCGAUAUCAACUGUUUAUGCUGUAUAGUAUAUCACUUCUAAAUUUCAGUCUAUUCAUCUUGUUAAGCCGGUUCCACACGAAUCGUGUACUAGACGAAUAAUCGUCAAUUGUGAUGCUAUACAAGUCGUGUAGGAAAUGUUUAAUCGUGAAGUUUGGCGAUUGUUUCCACUUGUCGAGUCGCUCGUUGUUUACCAUAGGUAAAUAUGACACGAAUCUAAGGAAUUACAAAUAAUCGCGUUUACCGAUCGGCAAGUGUUCGAGUCAUGUAUGAGCGGCGUAAUUGUCAAAUCAAAAUACUCAUCGAACAUUCGCGAUUACAAUGCUCUCCAGUUACACGAAUCGUGUUGGACCGGCUUUAAAUGUUCGUUCGGGAAAUAGGCGCACAUAAUUUAUAACGCUUCGGACAUUGCUUAAUUUCUUACUGUUGUAGUUUUACUUUAUUUAUUUUUAAACUAUUAAUAUUUAAUCUAAUAAUAAGAACAACACGCAUCGAUCACACAGUUAUUGUCGUAACCACACGUACCACGGUUAUGAAUUGAAACGGUGCCGAUGUACGACUACGUCUUUUUUAACUGUAAAUAUAUUUUAUUAUUUUUAUCCUAAUUACUUGUUUAACCUACCCCCACGAGUUUCGUGAAUUAACGUUGUACCUCACAAAGUACAUACUACCCAAGAUCAACGUUGCGGUUGAAUACACACCCUCUCUUACCCAUUAACCAUAUCACCAUUCACCGUUAUGUUUACAAAUGCCGCGCGUGUUCUGAGUGCUCAAUAAGAUUUUAUGUAUUUUUAACGAACCAUGUUUACAUACCUGACGAGAAAAAAAAAAUAUUUACAAAAGAGAUGGAUUGUGAUCGGCAGUUAAUCUAAAACAGAGGUUCCGAAUGUACGCUUUUAGCGUCUAUCCGAUAUAUAUAAUACUUUUUUUACUUGCUUUUUUAUAAGUAUCAUUGUCCGUCAGAACAAGAAUACUGUUUACAAAUGUUGGAUCCGUAACGAUUUCUCGGAAUGAAUUAGAGAAGAGUCGCUGUGCAGUAUGUGUCGGCGUUUGGAAAUUACUAGUCGAUGACGGGCUACGUAUGUUAUCAUAAUCAAAAUAAAAUAUUAUUUAUAAUCGGUGUUUAUGUUACUUUGGAACGAGAUGUCGAACAAGCGAAAAAUAAAUUUUUUACGCGCUUUUAUGCUUGCGGUCACGUAGUAAUCACUCUAUGUUCUAAAUAUAUUUACUCCAUGUCACACGAUGAGAACACAUUGGUAAAAUGGAUUUCACCCCACGGUCAGGUUAAAAAUAAAAAUGUCGACAUUACAAUCAUUUGACCGAUUAUCUAUAUUUUAGACGAUCGUGAAACAAUUCGUCGCUUAUUGUGUAACUUGCUCUAUCGCUGAGUCCACUGCAGUCAUCAAAAAAGUUUUCGUGCGAUUUUUUUUUUCGUACACCAUCUUGAUAAUGAAUGACGCAGUAUUUUCAACGGUAUUGAACUCCAGCGUCGGAGAAACGUGAAUGCGGAACAGCGGAUAUCCCAUCAUCCUAGGAAGGGAGAAAGAAAGAAAACAGUACACACAUACACACGUUUAUGCCGUUGCUUAUUUGCAAAUGGUUUCCAGCCUAAGUAGUGCAUGAUCUCCGCAAACCUUUAAAAUAUAAUAUUUUCGUAGCAUACGAAUUUCCCAACAAGUCUAUCACUCUCUUCUUUUCGCGAUUACGGCAUAAUAAUUUGAAAGCUCACCCGCUGCACACCCGACCGCGAGUCUUACGGCUGAUCGAUAAUAUGUUAUAUUUUAACAUCAGCAUCAUCGUCAGUUUCAUUUGUAUCCAGCACCCAGUGUGCACUGCAGUCUUACCGAAAUUUUGACCGUCGGUCAAGUUACAGCAAAACAUGUAUCUGAUAAAUAAAUAUUUUCUCUUAUCCAUCAACUAAAAACUACGAAAAUGCGUACAGCUAUAAGAGUUUAUUUGUUGAACCCCUCUACACGUUAUGGUAUAAUAUUCAUAAUUUACCGUGCCGUAACCAAAAAUCUGUUUAAUAAUCCAAUGAGAUUUUUAUCAUUAUUAUUGAGACUGCUAAGUGGAGGUGAAACUAGAAAUUUUUACGUUCGAGGAAAAUGUUAAGUUUACCCUCUAUCAUAGACCAAGAAUCAAAUACUAUUCUCUACAUUUUUUUUCUAAUAUUUAAUAUAAAAUCAUACUUGGUGUUAGAGAAGAAUGGAAAAAUUAAUUGGAUCGAAAGAGUAAUAAAUAAGGAUGUAAUAAACCAAAUUGGAAAAAUAAUAUCCAUAUUGAAUACAAUAAAAUGAAGAUGAUGGGGCACGUUCUACGUCAUUAUUAAAAAUUACAUCACAUUAAUAUAAGGUUUAAUGGAAAAUCGAAAACCACCAAGAACACCAAGACACUCGUACAUAUCUUAAUUGAAAAAAUACGAAGGAAUUAAUACAUACGCCGGAUUAAAGAAGUUUACUGAAGAUCAGGAAAAAUGGAGGACGAAGUUAAAUGUUACAAGCCAACCAAUAGGUCAACUAACUGGUUGAAAAAAUUAAAUCAUAUUUAUAGAGUUUUAAGCACAUUAUCAGUAACAAAGUUAAAAAUAUCAAACUAGUAGCCAAUAAUAGAUUUUACACUAUAAAAUUGAUACUAUAGUUUUACUUCCCGGAAUGGAAUUUACGUCCUGUCUUCCUUCUCUUAUUUCCAAUACUGGUAUCAGUUAAAGUACUUAGGUACACCGGAUACUAUUACGACCACGUUGUUCCAUAUAUAUUUUCAAAUAAAUCUUUACUUUAUUUAAGCAGUUAUUUAAGUUUAUUUGCAUUGGCUUAUUUUUAUGGA